UUGCCAUCCAUUUUGAAUUUUGAACAUGUUUCCUUGAGAAAAUAGUUUCUCUGCUGUAUUUUAAGCGAGAUACAGCAUGUUCGUGCUCUCUGAAAUGAAGGAUACAGUCCGUAUCAAGCCUUGGCUGUUCUCAUUGGACUUGCAAGAGGCGAUAGAGAAUAAACUAAACAAAAAACUUGCCAACAAGGUUGUUCAUAAUGUCGGUUUGUGCAUUGCUUUGCACGACAUUCUAACCAUUGGUGAUUCAUACAUCGUACCAGGCGAUGGAUCAUCACAUACACCAGUAACUUUUAGAUUUGUUGUCUUUCGUCCAUUUAUUGAUGAAAUUUUACUGGGAAGAAUACGAAGCUGUAACCGUGAAGGUGUUCAAGUUUCACUGGAGUUCUUUGAUGACAUAUUUAUAUCAUCUGAAAAUUUGCAGCAACCUGCCAAGUUCGACGAGGAUGAACAGCUAUGGGUUUGGCAAUACCAGACAGAGGAUGGCACUCAUGAUAUGUUCAUGGAUAUCAAUGAAGAGGUUCGCUUCCGUAUAAUCGACGAGACAUUUGUMGAUUUAACACCAACUGGACCUGAGGURCAUAACAAGGAACAGCYGAAUGYAGAGGAGCAAGACAUCAAGAAGUCUCCCUAUAGAAUCGCUGCUUCUAUCAGUGAACCCGGACUUGGUCUUCUGUCAUGGUGGGCUAGCUAACACCACUUUUAGUGGACUUUGUAUAGUACUCUUUGAUGUAUAAAAUAUUAAUGGUUAUAGUUCUAGUAAUAAACUUUUAAUAAAUGAAA